GACAAUGGAUGCGCCCAUUCUGGGGCGCAGACCUGGGCGAUAAAUCUGGAGAUCAUGGGCUGCCCAGACAUCAAAAUCCCCCUCUUGGCCUCGCGGAUGUGGUCCAAAGGAAUGCGAAGAGCUUGAUAGUUGAGGGGUAAUAACUGUGUGGUGUGUGUGAGAUCCGUUAUGAUCUUGAUUGGAUUGGUCGAAUGACUAGCUCUGGCUCCUGCUCCUGCUUCCAUAUUGUUGUGAUAUCUUCCUAUUGUCAUUCUCUCUCCUGUCUCUUUCUCCAUCCUCCCAGUGAAGGGAUUCGAACUCGGCCACUCAGGUUGCAGGAUUUCCCCCGCAGCCAAUCAGAGGGGAAGUGCACAAGGCGGGAAAAGUUUUUUGUUACAAAGUGGAAUCUCACCGGAAAUUGUAGGUAACAAUUGGACCAGAGCAGCAGCAGGCUAACCGGGACCGGCGGAGGCGGAUCCGGACUCGGAUAACAGCUGGAGACCGGUCGGACAGAGACUGACCCGGGCCGGAGUUGAGACAGGGACAUCGGGUGGAGACAGAUCGGGGAAGGGGCGGGAUUUUCCCGGGACGGGGAGCCGGCAGCAGACUCAUGGAUCUGCCCCUCUCGGGUGCUGAGCCACAGGAGUUUCCCCGCGGAUUCCUGCACAGUCUGCGGACACUCUUCGACAUCAUGGACGACGAGCGGCGGGGAUCGGUGCACGUCCUGGAGAUCGAGUCCCGCUGGCGGCGGGGCGGGGCCGGCCAGGCUCUGCCCCCGGGUGUGCUCCAGUGCCUGCGGAGGGCGGCGCCGGCCUCCGGCUACCUGACUUUCGAGAGGUUGGUGGCCGGCCUCCGCUCGGCGCUGCUCAGCCCCGGGCCCGGCGGCGGACGCGAGUCCGGCCACAGCAGCGAGUGGAACGUCGGAAGGGGCAGCGCGGAGCAGCUUUGCCCCAGGUCGGCCGGGCAGGUCCCGAUGAUCGCCAGACCUGGGUCUGAUCACUGCGACGGUCACGGAGAGAAGCAGAAAACCCCCCUGGGGGUGAGGUCCAUGAAUGUUCCCGGGGGCUGCGUGGGCCAGGAGCUGGGGCGACACUGGGCCCCAGUGGGCGAGAAGGAGCAGCGGGCAGAGCAGAGGGAGGCGAGGCCGGCGCUGUGGCGGGACGCCUCUGAGCAGAGAGUGCUGGAGGAGCAGAGGCGCCUGAAGGCAGACAGGAAGCACAUGAACCGCUACCAGAGCGAGGCUGCCUGCAGUGGAAUAGCUUAUAGUCGGCGUCUGGGGCGUGAGCGCGGCGAGACACGGCGUCACACCAUCACCAGUGGAACAGACUACGGCGCACUGAAGUGGAUGAAGGAGCUGGAGCAGGAGAAAGACGCGCUGCUGCAGGGUCUGGAGAUGAUUGAUUGCGCCCGUGACUGGUACCUCCAUCACAUCCAGGCCAUCCAGGACCAUCAGAGGAACAUUGGCCAGUCGUCUGCUGGCAGUGCUGAAGCCGCCCGGCGGACCUCGGGGAGGCUGGACCAGCUGCUGCCCAAGCUCCAACUCGUCAGCCGCUGCCUCGCCGACCUCACCUCCUGUUCGGCCAAGCCGCUGGCGAGGUCAUCCAAUGUGGCAGAUGGCCCAGACCGAUCCAUCCCAGCCAGCGUUCCGGGACUCGGGAACAACGCGCAGGUGGUCAGCAUGCUGAAGGAGCAGAACCGGCUACUCACCAAGGAGGUGACCACCAAGAGCGAGCGUAUCACCCAGCUGGAACAGGAGAAGUCGGCCCUCAUCAAACAACUCUUCGCUGCCCGGUCGCGGGCCCCGAUGGACAACAGCCAGCUGGACUCCACCUUCAUCUAAGGUCCGACACUCCUGGCCUCCGCUCCCACCCGAUGGGGGGGGGGGGUUGGGUGGGGAGCUGGAGGCCACCCCACACUCUCCGGCACCUCCUCACUCCAAAAUCCUCGUACCGCGCCGGCACUGACCUCCCGGUGGGCCGGGUCUCGCCGGUCGACACGGAGGGAGAGCAGGCAGUGACGCUCCCUCUGUUCCUCGUUUACUCUGUGCUGGAGACUGCCACACACCCCCCCCAUUCUGUUUACAUGUCAUUACCGUAGGUACUCACUGCCAACGGCCCCCGUCGGCCGCGCUGCGCGGGCAUUGACCGCUGACCACUAGGAUGAAGCUUCUGUUUGCUUCUUUUCAAUAAUAAAACUUCU